GCUGAUCAAGCAGUGUAAUUUUAUACAUUACUGAAUCAGUGCAGGAGAAACCUGGAGGGACAAAGCAUCAUCUUCUCUUUGGACUGCACUGUAAAAUCCUACAGCUCUCUUAGCCCAGCCAUGCUCUGAUACAUUUUUUUCUCUCCUUUUUCUGAUUUUGGUGUGAAUGAUAGAGUGAUCUGAUGAUGGCUCUCGUUAUGGAACCUAUUAGCAAGUGGACGCCCAAGCAAGUAGUGGAUUGGAUGAAAGGCCUUGAUGAUUGCCUCCAACAAUACAUAAAAAAUUUUGAAAGAGAGAAGAUCAGUGGAGAACAGCUGCUACACAUCACUCAUCAAGAGCUUGAGGAACUGGGAGUCACUCGCAUUGGCCACCAAGAACUGAUACUGGAAGCAGUUGAUCUGCUAUGUGCAUUGAAUUAUGGUUUGGAGACCGAAAACCUGAGAACUCUGUCUCACAAGCUGAAUGCUUCAGCCAAAAACCUUCAGAACUUUAUAACGGGUAGAAGGAGGAGUGGCCAUUAUGAUGGCAGGGCCUCCAGACGACUGCCAAAUGAUUUUCUUACCUCUGUAGUUGACUUGAUUGGUGCUGCCAAGAACUUACUAGCCUGGCUGGACAGGUCUCCAUUUGUCAGCGUGACAGAAUACUCACUGCUGAAAAACAACAUUGUUCAACUGUGCCUGGAACUAACAACCAUUGUGCAACAGGAUUGUACAGUGUAUGAAACAGAAAAUAAAAUUCUUCAUGUGUGUAAAACCUUGUCUGGGAUUUGUGACCACAUCAUUUCGCUCUCAUCUGAUUCUCUGGUGUCACAGUCAGCACAUCUUGAGGUAGUUCAUCUCACCAGCAUUAUGCCCAGUGAGGGUUUGGGAAUGUAUAUCAAAUCAACAUAUGAUGGACUACAUGUAAUCACAGGAACAACUGAAAAUUCUCCUGCUGACCAGUGUAAGAAAAUCCAUGCUGGUGAUGAGGUAAUCCAGGUCAACCAUCAAACUGUGGUUGGCUGGCAGUUAAAGAACCUAGUAAAUGCAUUGCGGGAAGACCCAAACGGAGUGAUUUUAACCUUGAAAAAACGUCCGCAGAAUACCCUGGUUUCUGCUCCUGCCCUUCUGAAGAAUGUGAGGUGGAAGCCUCUUGCACUUCAGCCUGUAAUUCCAACCAGUCCAACAAGCAGUUCUACGACACCAACAAGUACAAUGGGCAUAUCCUCAAAAAUGGAGAACUCUGCACUCCAGGAUGUUUUCAUUCUGUCUCCUAUGUCAGGACUUUAUGGCCCCAGGGAUGAAAUUGGAAUAAUGUCUUGUGAUGACAUCAGCAAAUUUGGAAAGUCUGGAAUGAAAGGCUCUGAGUCUCCAAGCUAUUUUCUGGAGCAUGAAAGUGGGAAAUACUACACUUUAAUUGAAGGUGAAGGUCACCCCGUGGGCCCUGAGUAUGAAAGAAGCAGAGCUGCAGGAGUGCGGAGAAGAGAAAAAACACCCACUCACGGGGAUUUAAGGCCUGUUUCUAUGCCUACUGAAUACAGUUGGAUAGGGGAGUCAAAAGAACAAAACAUGUACAAGAGGGGAAGCAGAGACUCUGAGAAUUCACUCCUGCGCUAUCUGAGUGAUGACAAGAUACUGGUUAUCCAAGAAGAGCCUUUGACACAAAAAGACAACAAAAGGGACACAGGUCAUAGGUCAAGAAAAAAGGGCAAAACCACAAGCAGUCCAAACUAUCCUAUCAGUCCAUCUGUAUUGACAUCUACUAUUAAUGUUAGGCUUGAGCCUGGACAGCAAGAUAUCUUGAAUUUUUCACUAGCAGAAAACAAUACAGUUCCACUUUAUCACAGAGCAGGGGACACAGUCAGUGGAGACACUGAAAGAUAUGCAAGUUCUGCCAUUGACCAUCAAGGAAGCACAUCCAUGAGGAAGUCAUUCCAUUACGCUUCCCUCAGGGUAAAAAGCAGAAAAUGGACAAAAGGGAGCUCUGUAACGAGUGGGAGCAGAAGACGGAUUUCCUGCAAAGACUUGGGGCAUGGAGAUUGUGAAGGCUGGCUAUGGAAGAAAAAGGAUGCCAAAGGUUAUUUCACACAGAAAUGGAAGAAGUACUGGUUUAUUCUGAAGGAUUCAUCCUUGUACUGGUACACAAACCAGAAUGAUGAAAAAGCAGAAGGAUUCAUUAGUCUACCUGAGUUCAGAAUAGAUAGAGCAACUGAAUGCAGAAGAAAACAUGCCUUCAAAGCAUGCCACCCCAAAAUAAAGAGCUUCUACUUUGCAACAGACUGCCUUGAAGAAAUGAAUAGAUGGAUGAAUCGUUUGGGUCUCGCAGCAAUUGGUUACACACCUGAUGACAAGGAUAUUCAUCCAGAUGAAGCAGAUUACUGGAGCGAAAGCGACCAAGAUGACAUGGACGGCUCUUUAACCCUGAAGCAGGAAGGCUCUUCAACACUGUGUGACACUUAUCAUCGAACACCCUCUGUGAAUUCUUCAAGUCCAUUCCCUGAAGCCAAACACGGUCGACACUUUUCAAGUGAAUCAACAUAUUCUCAUUCUUCAGCCGAGGAUUCUCGCCAAGAUGUAGCAGGAAGCACACACUCCUCGGGAUGCAGACCUCCCUACCGAGAAAGACGAUCGUGGCAGGAUCUGAUAGAGACUCCGUUAACCAGUUCAGGGCUCCAUUUUCUUCAGACUGUUCCUCCUGAUGCGGAGUACAUGAGUGGCCAGCCUGGAAUGUCACCGGACAAACGAAGACAAGCAACGCUGCCAGUACAAAGGCGUCAUAAUUAUGAGCAGGAGGGGCCUUUCCCUUUGGUGGAAUGUCAAAAGGGACAUAGCUCUCACAGCAGGCCACAGAAGCAACGCAGUCAAAGCCUUCCCCGAAACAGAGAUGUCAGGGGUAAGGGAAAUGUAAAAUCCAUAGAAGGAACAGAUGAGAAGCUAGAAGAAAAUAUUCCUAUUAGAAGGCAUAAUAGUUUCUGUGCAGAAGAAAACAUAAAAGAAAUUGGAGAAAGUACAGAUGGCCUGCAAGAGCUGUACAAAUCUCUGGAACAAGCUAGUUUGUCAGCUUUUGGAGAGCAGCGUCCUUCCACGAAGCAGGAGUUCCGCAAGUCAUUUGUAAAGCGAUGUAAUGAUCCAGUUGUCAAUGAAAAGCUUCACCACAUCAGAGUUCUCAAGAGCACUUUAAAAGCGAAGGAGGGGGACCUCACAGUUAUCAACAGCCUUCUGGAUGAUCCCAAUUUAACAUCAAAGAAGUUUAAAGAUUGGAAACUAAAGAACUAUGAGUUUUUCCUGGACAUUUGUGAGUACAGUGCUGCUGUAAAAUCUCAAAAUGGAGCCUCUGAACUUGCAACCUCAGCACCGAUGCUGACACAUACACACUCGUUCAUUGAAACUCACGUGUGACAGGACUCAUAUCCUGAAUAAUUGCUGGGUGCCAUGAAAAAUCGAUUAAGAGAAACACUGUAAUAUUUAUUGAUAAUGUGCUCAGCAGUACUGUACAUAAAUUGGAUAAGAGAAUAGUGCCACAGGAUGCCUACUACAUUGCAUGAUAAGACAAUAAUAUUCUUUAUUAAUUUUUUUGUUUGCUAUUAUCAACCAAUGUCCGUACCAAGCUCUGCAUUAGAAAGAAGCAGUGCAGAAGUGUAACUGAAAAAUAAAUACCAGUAUAUUUAAAGUACUGUACUAAAACUAAGCUUAUAGUAUGAGCUCCUACAAUCAUUUUAUAUAUUUAGAUAUCUAUAAAGACAUAUCUAUGUAUAUAAAAUGUGACAUGGUAGUUGACAUUUACUUUUAAAAUGCCCUAAAGUUCACAUUUUCACACCUUUUUCUUGAGAAAAAUAUAAAAUGAAAACAAAAAUACAUUGGCCACUCUUAGAGAUGAACGUUUAUUUUUGCAACAUUUCCAGGUAGUGACCAUCUCUGCAAAUAAAAGGACAGAGUUAUCAAAAUGUAAACUCAAUCCCUAUAGUGUGCCUUAAAAUGUACACUGUACAUCUAGCAAAUAGAUCCCAAUCUGGCCCUAUGGGCAUACUGUACAUGCCAUUUAGAUACUGUGUUUGUAACAUACUGUGCCUGCCUUUAAAAUGAAUGAACACAAGCGAGCAGGUGUGGCACAGAGGUUAAGCUAUGAGUAGAACAAUGUUGGCUGUUCACUAAUGCUGCAACUUAAACUGAUUUUAAUAUAAUUUGAAGUAUUUCAUGGUGAAAGAAAAACAUCUGCGCUGAAUAUGGUACAUACUGCAGGUUUUCAUAGUUUCUUCACUGUGAAUUUAAGCGACAUGUGACUGUGAGUCACAAAAUUCAAAAAAGCUCUGAUGCUUCAAGGACAAGAAUCAAGCUGAAAAAAGAUCCUGAACUAAUCUAUUAAAUUCUGUAAUAGACUGACAUCUAGACAUCUAGAGCUGAGAAAGUUAUUCAAAAUUAUGUAAUGUCUGGCAAUAAUUUUUAACCGUUAGUAGUACAUUAGCAAGUGAGUGAAGUUAUUCAAUACAUCAUUUGAAAACCAAUCUGUAUCGAUUGGUUUGGAAAGACACACGUCACACAGUGUAUUUCACUUCCUUGCCUGGAUGAGAAUGAUUUCUAAGAAUCAGAUUUUGGAGAAAAUACUUGUAUUCUUGAAAAAGAAAAAAAGAAAAAAGAUUGCUCUGAAUGCUACUGAACAUAAAUUUCAAACAUCCAUUCACAAUUUUCUUUGACUAUGCUUGCUAGAAUAUCUCUAGAGAGCAGAACAAAGGGGAUGUGAAUACAACUGAUGCCAUUUCACUUAAACGCAGGUAUUCACUGCUAAGUUUUUCACAAGAUAAACCUAGUUGUCUCUCAGACAUCAAGAACUGUAAAAUUCAUACAUUCAAUAUAAUAUAGGAAAAAACAUUAUCUCAAUGAGGUCCUAGUAUCCAGGAAGAGAUUUAAUUAUUCACAAAGCCAGAGCUGGGUGAAGGUAGCCUGUUUGUUUAGUUCAGUCUCCACAAAGCAGCAGUGGUGGGUUGACCUUGGCUGGUUUUAGAGCCAGCUGGAACUGGCCGUGUCCAACGUGGGAGCAGCCCUUGGUCUUUUCUCAGAGAGAUCACCCCUGCAGCCCCGCUGCGACCAAACUCUUGCCAUGUAAACCCAAUAUAGAAGCUGAAGAAACACAAUUCGGAUUUGUUUUUUACUCUCAUUUGCACUGGCCUUUAUCUGAACCACAGUAGAUGCGGUGAUUAAACGUUAAUGGUCUAUCGCAAUAUAAGCCGUUAUUAGUAGCGUUACAGCUGUUUUGAGUUCUCUGCAUCACACAGGCAACUGAGUCACAGCAUCACUGCAACAACCACAUAACAACAGUUGGAUAGAACAUACAUGAAGGCAUGUUUCACCUGCUGCAACAGCCUAAUUAACUCCAUACUUCAGAAUCACUGAAGACAACGUCUCCUUAAAUGCAUGCUUGGAGCCUGAUCAUAUUUCCAUUGAAGCUAACAGCAAAACUCCUGUGACUUCAGAGGAUCACACUGUAUGUAUCUUGAUUGAAUAUUAAACAUGCACUUCACCCUCUGCCUAACCACCCAAGAUAAUAAAAAAGGUACAGGAAAUAGAGAACAACAACUUGCCACCACAGGGUUUCACCAAUAUUGGAGUUGCAGUAUUCAUGGAAAACAUAGAAAUAAAUUGAAAUAUAUUUACUGGACGAUAUUUACUGGUAGAUACUGGACAACUGAAUAGUUGGAAGCAUUAAUAGAGAGAAUUUGCCUAGCUUUUUUUCAUAUCGGAUCUCUAAAAGUUAUAUAUUUAAUUAUUUUUUAAUACCAUCCUUCAUAUAAUGUAGGAGAAAUAUUACAUAGUGAAGCAAGCAAUGGGGUAAAUUACAGAAGCCAUUUAGAAACCAAUUCAUACUGUAUGUGCAAGCAGUGGCAGAUGGUCACAGAAUUAGUUAAAUGGAUUUAACUUUCUAAAUCCAUAAAGAAAUUUAAACAUGUCCUUUGUUUUAAAUUGAAAGGAUGGUUUGUGUUUUUAUAAUAAAAAUAUCUAUGUGAUUUUAAAAUAGCUUUCAAAAAGGAUUUCAAAUGCCACUGUAUUGUAACUCAAAACAGAAAUGACAAUUUUCCACUGAGCAUAUUCAAUGAAGUGCCCAGUAAACAAUGAAACAAGAUAUCUCUCUUCUAAAAUCCUACUUAUAGAUACAGCUCAAAGUGACAAACAUCAUAAGGAAAAUAUAUUUCUCAAAAAUAACACAAAUAGUAAGGAAAAUAGAUAAUCUUGAUUUUCAUUGCUGAAAAUUAAAAAAUGUUUCUGAAAUAUGAGUAGAUGAGAUAAAAACUUGAGAGAUCAUACUUUUGCUCAGCUUAUCUUUAAAAUCUUUCAAUGUCAUGAUUUCAUCUUUUCUGAAAUUCUCAGUCAUGAGUCUGUAUUCUGCUCUUGGAGAACAGCUCUCAUCAAACAUGAUUUGCACUGAAUAGGCAAGAUAAAUUAUACAAGACAUUCAUAAGAUGAACUGAUACACACUGGAGAAAUUUCCUAUAAUGGAGUUAAGAUUAACAGGCAGAAGAGUUUGAAAGAUUUGUCUAGCCUUGCUUAUGCCUCAGAGCAAGCAGAAUCUAAUUGUUAAAUUAAGCAAUACGGAGACUUUAUUCUUUCACAAACGUCAGCUGGCAUUUGUGAAAUGUCAUUUCACAAUAAUUUUGUCAUACUUUUUGCAUGUGUACUCAACUCCUUACUACCACUAGUUUUUCUUUCUGGAUCUAGGUACUAAUCGAGCUGUACUAUAUAGAAAGUAACGUACAAAGUCACCAUAGCACAAUUAAUUGGAAUUUCAUUAUAUUUGAAAUAAUUGGAACGCAAAGUGCAAUACAGAUAUUGUAUUUAAAAACUGAUGCCGCAAAUCCUGUUUACAUAUUAAAAUAUAUCAAAUUCUCCUGGACUGAAACGUACUUAAACACACUCUACAAUGCAGCUGAAAUUAUUGUGGUAGUCUUGAGCCCAUAUUUUUAAAUGAGAAAAAAAAAAUUCUUUGCUGUUGAGUUCACCAAGGGAAAUAAACAGCACCAGUACAAUACUUCUAUUAAUUUACUAGAUUUCCUGCCUGAAUGCUUAAAUAAAACUCGGUUCUUAACAUACACAACUACAUGAAGAGAUUGUUUGGAUGCAUUUUAUUUAUCCAGAUCUUACUUAGUGUCUUCAUUCAGAAUUCCUGCAGGCAAAAUGCCCCUCAGCCAGCAGACUUUCUCUAUGACUCCACAAGCUUAGUCCUUUUGUUACCGCCUAUUUCUUAUUGUAACUGAUUUAAUGCUCCCCCUAAGCUACUGAUCCCCCUCCUUUUUUAAAACCGUUCUGUAUUCAGUGAGAUCUCAGAUCUUUGAAAGCUAUCCUGGUAGCUAUCUCAGCAGCACUUCCUGAGAAAGCUGAGACCUUUUUCUUGGUUUCAUUAAUUUAAGUGAAAACUUUCCUGAGCUUACUCUAAUUAAUAUGAACAAGAAGUAGUGAAAGGAGGAGGAGGAGGUUGUCAUCAGUCUGUAUGUCCACGUUCUUUAGUACAACUAAUGCAGAAAUACUGGGCCCACGCGCAGUGACAUUUGCCCUCACAGUAAUGGGGCUGUGCGGGAUUGUACGGGCGUCUCUACCCUCCGUGACACAGGCGGGUGCUUCACUCCACGGGCAAAAACCACCCUGAGGUUUCAGCAGCUUCUGAUACAGUUGUAGUGUCUCAAACACAUCACGAGCACUUCUUGAACUGCUUUAGCACCCUAAGGAAAGACUGAUCAAUUGCUAGGAAAAGAUUUUGGAGGAUGAGAUUUUCCAUCUUUUCCAGGCAGGGAAUUCUAAAUAUGUCAGUUAAUAUUCAGAUCUAGACUGCUCUAAGCUAGAAACGUGGUACACCACUUGCUUUUUCCCAGGAAAAAGAAGUGUUGCAGAGAAUUGCUAGAUGUACAUGGGCACUUAACUUUAUUCUUACUGUCUUCAGCAAUUACAGCCUUCCAGGCUAAAACACUCACUCUCUGAUCCGAGGUUUUGUGAAGGAUGGUGAAGGCACCUUUGAAGGGGUUACUUUAAAGAGGCAUUAGGAAGUGCUCCGCCUCAUCAAAAAUGGCAGAAUUCUACUGCUGACCUUUUGAAGAUUUCACUUUGAAUGUUAAUGGGACUUCUGGAAGAAAAAUGAAGAAUCUGGUAGAAAUUCUUCAACACAAAUCUGAGGAGAACAAAGUAAACUCUUCUCUCUCUUAUCUUUGUCUCAAGUAAUACAAAGUAGACCUAAGCCCAUCACAUACCUUGUUUGCCAUAUUCUUUCAUCAUGUAGUCUUAAUUGUCUUUGAAAUUGAUAAGAGCAUUCCUUUCUGCAAAAAAACUAGUGGUACCUAUGACCAAGGCGAUAUAUCUGGGGGCUGUUUACAUCCUGGUAAACCUUGGCUGUUGGCCCCUUGGGGUGGGACAGCUCUGCCAGGCAGAGCUAUUUUGUGACAUUGCCCCAGAGGUUUGGACAAACUCUUCAUGCAGCUGGGGCCAAAGUGCUGCAAAUGUGGGGUGUUUAAAACAAUCCUUGGCGAAGGCAAGAUGCAGCACAACUGAUCAACACAAACUUAAGCCCCAUCUGCAAUGCCUGCCAAAACUGUAAUACAAAGGAAGCCGACCAUUUUUAGGUACAGUUUAAACACUAAAUCUGUUCGCAUAAGCAAAUCUUGUAUCUCUGCAGAGAUCCUGACUGCUGUCUCUGGACUCAGUCCUGAGGGAUUCAUUAAGAGGGCACAGGUCUGUGUAUUCCUGGGCCUCAGCCCUGAAAAUACCAUUUAUAGCCCACCCAAGUUCAUGUAGCAUAAUCUGAGAAAUAAGUGGUAACUUCAUCUCAUAAAGGAUUUUAAAUUUUUCACGCUAGGGAAUCUGUGCGUUUCUAGGGAAGACAAGGGCACAGGUUAUAGCAAUGCCUUUUCGCUUGCGGUGUAGGUUUGUAGAUCUUCCACAUACCACAUGCCUUAGACCACUGAGCUUAAAAUCUCAUUAGAGACAACACACCACCUUCCCUGUGACCAAAUAAUGUUCAUUUACCUCUAGUACAAAAAAUGGGUAAUACCAGGAAAGAAGCAAUAUUAGCUAAUUAAUUUAUAUUAAGUAAUAAAAAGCUCUUUUUUCUUCUCGAAUGCUUCCCUCAAAAAAGCUAAGGUUCUGAGGAACUUUUCCAGGCACACUACCGCAGGGAUAGGUUCCCCCUCUGCUCUUACCCCGCCGAGUUCCCGCUGUGUGGCUGAGGCUCUCGGUUAGCCAGGCAGGCAUCUGAAAAUCAAACCUGAGCCAAAUCACUUGAUGAAUAGAAUAUACAUUGCUAUUUAAACAGAAACUAGUUGAUUAGAACAAUUAUUUUCUUUACUCCCAUUACACAUAACCAUAAUGAUGAACUUCUGAUCAGUUCCAUCCAGCAAUGUGUAGGCAAGCAACUCUCUAUUCUUGAUACAACUCAUAGAGGAAGAAGCAUCUUCUUAAAGCUUAGUUUCUGUGUUUUACAGUUUAUACCAUACUUCUACAUUCAGAAUGAGGAUUACAUAUAAUAUCCUUUAAUCUUUUAUCAGUUUUUGAGAUAGCUGAUAUACUACUGGGACCUACUCUUAAAAAAAGUAUUUAAAAAAUUCAGACAGAUACUGCCUGUCAUUAUCUUCAGGAAAAGAACCAUAUUCAUUCUUAAUGCAGGCCAGACAGUUUAUUUUUAUCACACACGCAAGUGUUAAAAGUGACAACUAGGGGCUCUGCUGUAUGCAUUAAUGCCACUGUACGAGCAGUAUUUGAAAGAAAGCAAUGUUGUAAAAAUUAUAAAAUAUGUCAACAAACAGUUGUUUGACCAGCUAGGCCCUCUAGCUCCUGUCCUCACAUUUUUAGAAUAUUGUUCAUUCUCAGGCAUUGCUGAGGGUAUCAAUACAGAUCUUUACUAGCUGUAAAUGCAUCUGAAUGCUGCAGAUUAAAUAAGGACGCCACAUUAUACAUACUGACUCUGUUGCAUUUUUUUCACUAGCAACCAUGAAACAAGUAUGUCUUAACAAAUCAUGUUCACUGGCCAAAAUACCAGUAAGACCCUGUUACCAGUUAAGACUUCUGUUUUACUGAGAAACAAGGAUUUCAGCUUAGAAAUCUGAAAAGAGAACAGGUUAGGAUAUAAGAGAAAUGCACUAGUAUUAAUAAACUUUUUACAUUUGACACAUACUGUAUUACAAAGAAAA